CAACUCCCCACCCUUCGUUCCCGGGCAAAUGCCAGAACCUCAACGCAACACAGUCAAUACAGCCCUUGGGAAGCAAUAAGCUAUCCAAAUUGGAAUUUAUCCUGAAUACAUCCCUACAUAAGGUCCUUUACACGCUAUAUCUUCUGGUCUGAUUUUACUCCUGUCCAUCGUAUACCCUUCGUACGUGGCUCCGCACCUCACGGUCUCACCCAACGAUCUAGAGAUUCACUAGCCCUCCUCCUGCUCCAGUUACCGAUUUGGCUCCCUAUCCGAGCUUAGCAAUAUCCAUUCCAUUCGCAUCCGCCAGCUUGAGGGAGGACUAUUCUGGGCUGCUUGACGGGCAUUCUGGGGCAUAAGUGGUUCCCAGCUCCUAUACCACAUCUUUCUUCUUCCCGUUCACCGAGCCACCCUAAAAGUAUUUGCCGCCGGUAUUUAUUUCUCUAUCAUUCCGGAUCUCUCCGGAUACGUUAACCCCGUCCACACCUCAUCAUGGCGUCUUUAAACUUGUCCACCAAUGGACCAUCAAUCUCGAAAAGCUACCGAGCUGUAGUAGAGGCUUCACCUCCAACUGGCCCGGCUGCAGCUUCACCGACAUAUGGACAGUGGGCGAUAUUUGCAGUAUCAACACCUUUGGUCAACGCAUUCCAGCAAGAUAGUGCAGGCAAGGAGAGUGUUUUGAAGGUCCAAAGCAGUGGAGAGGGGGAACUUGAAGACCUUAUCGAGGAUUUUUCCGACGGCAGGAUACAGUUUGCGUAUGUGAAGGUUAAAGAUCCAAACACUGGCCUCCCGAAAAAUGUCCUGAUUGGCUGGUGCGGCGAGGGAGUCCCGGAGAAAACAAAAGGAUAUUUUACAAGCCAUCUGGCUGCUGUUUCUAAACUCCUACAUGGAUAUCAUGUUCAAAUUUCCGCUCGCUCGGACCGGGACCUUACUCCAGAAGGUAUUGUACAGAAAGUUGCAGAUUCCUCAGGUUCAAAAUACUCUGCAGGAGAUGCCUCUGCGCCUGUUAAAUCUAGCACGAAACCGACUGUCGCAUACAAACCAGUAUUUACUCCAUCCCGGUCUGGCGGUGCCUUUAAACCUUUGGGUGGAACACCCCGCGCAGCGGCACCGACGCAAGAAAAUGUUGACGACGAUGGCUGGGGAGCAGAUGCGCCACCAGUUACAAGAACCCAACUUGAAAAGGUCAAACCUGCGUAUCAACCGACAAAGGUAAACAUGCAGGAAAUUAUGUCUCAGAAACCGAGCACAUCGAAGUUUGAGUCCCGCCAUUCGGACGAACCUUCUUCAGGCGAUGUUGUCAAAGGUGCUUAUCAACCAGUUGGUAAAGUAGAUAUUGCGGCCAUUCGCCGACAGGCGCGUGAAUCUGGUCAGUCAAACGAUGAUCGUCCCGAACCAGUAAAGGGUGCCUAUGAGCCUGUCGGAAAAGUAGACAUAGCAGCGAUCCGAGCAAGAGUACAGAGGCCGUCUGGCAGCUCUCAAGCCUCGCCUGGAAAUAUAUCUCCCGCGAUAACUGGAGGCUCAGGCGGUAGUGAAGAACGAAGGACCCUUGCAGAGCGGUCUGCCGCAUUCUCUUCUUCGGAUCGACUCACGAGCCUUCCCAAGCCAAAAGUUACCAACAAGUUUUCGGGCGCUUCUACUUUUACGGGUACGAAAGCUCCGGUUCCUGGGGCAUUUAGCGUAACCCCAGCCACAAACGCUACCACAGUGUCUGGCGCAAGCCGAACGUUCGCUGAUCAAGGGGGGAAAACACCGGCACAGCUAUGGGCUGAAAAGAAAGCCCGGGAGAGAGGCGGUGCAGUGGAAACCGGCCCUUCGCUUGCUGAAAGCCAACAGCCAUUGCAAAGCCAGUCCAGCGGCGGGGCUGGAUGGAAAAGUUCAUAUACUGGCAAAUCCUGGGCGCCAGUUCAAACUACGCACACGGGUGGCAGUGGUGCAGGCCACCAACGUUCUGGCAGUGAACUAGAUGAAACCAACACACCACCAAAACACGAAGAGGAAGAACGAAAUAUCCCACGUGGAGGAAUUGGCUCUAUUCGUGAUAGAUUUGCGAACACCCCGCCAAUGGGUACUACCGCCCCGGGGUCUGACUAUGCACGUUCGGCUCCGUCCCCGCCCCGGUUGGAUACCUCCAAUAAACCUGGCGCCACUCGUGUUCCAAUUCCCGGCCUUCCAUCACGGCCCACAGAACCUGAAGAGCCAUAUGAAGAUCAAGGCCAGCCAAUUCCAACGCCGCCUCAGCAACCUCGUUCUCCAACCCCCCAAUCUCCCGCUUCUAUCCCUGGCUCCCCCAUUAGAGUAGCGAUGCCGGUAGGUAUGGGAUCCGCAGCUGAAAAGAUACCCGAUGCACAUGAAGAGCAAUAUUCGCCGCCUGCUGCAUUACCAGUCCGUUCCCUUGAGAACCAGCUUCCCCGCGAAGAAAACCUAGACGAUGAACGUGCCCACGACGACGCCCGCGCCGUUGCUCAAGCGGGUGCAACCGAACACCACCCAGAACCACCACAGACUGCAGCGGCGAAAUCUGGGUCCACUCGUGCUCUCGUAGUAUACGAUUAUGAAAAAGCAGAGGAUAACGAGAUUAACCUAGUUGAGGGCGAGUAUGUCACCGAAAUCGAUAUGGUUAGUGAUGACUGGUGGAUGGGAGUGAAUGCGCGUGGCGACCGUGGUCUGUUCCCUCAAAACUAUGUUGAGCUUGCGUCAGCGCCAGACCAACCCGCUCCGGCUUCUGGGUCGGGAUCUGGUUCGGGCUCUGGAGGGGGUGCACAGCCGGCUACAACUGGACGAACAGCAACGGCCCAGUAUGAUUAUGAGGCUGCUGAGGAUAAUGAACUUGGGUUCCCUGAGGGAGCAACGAUCACCAAUAUUGAGUUUCCAGACGAAGACUGGUGGCAUGGCGAAUACAACGGCCGAAGUGGUCUUUUCCCAGCCAACUACGUUGAACUGAAUUGAUCCGAAAAAACCACUCUUUUCAAAACAUGCUCAUUCCAUGCCAGGUAGAAAGACCGCACUGCGGCAUAGUUUACUUUCUGCAAACCACCAACCUAUUCCUCACAUCACCCUCAAUUAUGUUGCCAUUUCAUUUUGCAUUCGGUUUUACAUUUCAUUUCUUUCUUUAGCAGUCACUCGCGAAAAUGGCCUCUUUUUGACCUUAGACUAGUAGCUCUUGCGAUUUCAACUACAUUUAGUCUGCUGGGAGUGCGCUGGGUCCAACUUUGGCGUGCGUCGUUUAGUUAGUUGAUCCAGCUAUAUAGCAAGCAAAUGUACCAGCACGAUUAUUUGAAAAGCUAUUCCUGCCGGUAAUAUUCUUUUUUCGAUAAAUUCGCUCUGUACAACACGUGCGAGCAUCCCUGUACUCGCUUCUCUUCACACCGGGCAAAUCAAAAGUUAAUCCCACUUCCAAAAAUUUCCAUUUCACAAUAAUUGGCCAAAAGUCUAGACACAAUCUCAAGGGAGCCAAAAAAUAACAAGGCGAAACCAAUGCCAAACAAAAUAUAAUGUUUCUUCCGAUAUAUACGUUAUCAUCAGUCAAUCGUCAAUUCAUCCCCCUGGGCCGCCUUGGCGUAGAAGAAACUAGCCCCCACAACCUCCAGUCCAUACUCUUUCGCCCAAUCACGCACACCUCGCCUCACCCCUCCAUAUCCCCAAUGUUUCCGCUUCCUUGGAGCAGUUAUAUUGUAUGCCGUCGCCGCGUCACCCUCCAGCAGCACGAAGACAUACCGAUGAUAUUCAGUGCCUGACGGGGGUGAGGGGGGUAAGUAGGACUUCAGAACCCGCGGGAUGAGGUUGUACGAAGGGGAUGUGACGCUGGGAUUGUUGGCGUCCUGUUGUUGAAGGCUAACGGGCCAGGGGAUUGAUAUAUUGCUCACGAUCCAAUGGCACAUUUCGCUCCAGAUGGGAUGCUUGCGGCUCUUUGCAUCAGGAUCUGUGAGAAUUAUGCUGUAAGACUUUUCGGAGCGGUGGGGCUUGGAUGCUGGCGUUGGAUGGGGAGAUGGGUUUGGAUUUGUAUUUGAACUUAGAGGGAUGAGGAAGGGGUGGAAUUCGAAGACAGGUUGUGAGCGGACGGCGCUAGGCGAAAUAUAGCUGCCCAGGGCUAUUGUUGUGUGUGUUGACGGGUAGCUUAUGAGAAGCGAGAAUGUUGGUUCGAAGUCAUCGAGAACUGUGAAUUUUGCUGGUAAGUGGUAAGUAGGUGUACGAGAUGAACUUCUGCUCAAUUAGGGGGCUAGAUGGAAUGCGUCCUCUAUGAUUGCGACGCGGAACUGACCGUCGGGGAUUAUGGAGGCUCCAAUUAGGCUGCGAUCAAAGCGAAUUGGUUAGACAAUGUCAUCUGCUACGCAUUUGAAGUUAAUUUCACGAUGCUCUAAGGAACAAAGGUUAAGCCCACGCAUCGCG